AGCUGUUUCACCAACACGGAUACUGACUCAUUCAGCCACCUCUUUAGCCUGGUAGCCAACAUACAACCGUAAACAUUAAAGCGCUUUAGACCAUUUUUGUGUAUAUUGAUCUCGGUGUUUUUAACACAAUACUCUUUGCGUAUCUACUAUUUAACUUAAAGUAAUUUGCUUGUUAAAUGUACAAAUGUGUUGAUUAUACUGAGUCUAGCACUAAGCUUAUCGUUAAUGCUAGCUAGCCCGACCAUGAACUCACUGAACGACUACCCUCCUGUUAAAGAAGAGGUGGUCUGCUGGACGGAGAAAGAAACUCUGGGGCUGAACAUUGUCCUGAAAGAAGAGAAGGAGGAUAUUAUAGUGAAAGAAGAGAAAGAACAUUUUAGAGUGAAAGAGGAAGAGGAGGCUGUAACAUUGAACAAAGAAGAGGAUGAUAUUUUGGGAGAUGAAGGAAAGGAAGAGGAGACUGAAGAUCUGAUUAACACCAGAGAGAGACCAGACUCUCACUCUGACAGCGGGAAGAGUCCUUCAGGGGAACCAGACCCAGAGACGCCCAAACCAGCGAGACAACACAACUGCUCCCAAUGUGAAAUGAGAUUCUCCCUCUCAGGGGACCUAAAACGGCAUGAGAAGAUACACACAGGAGAAAAGCCUUUUAAAUGUUCCCAGUGUGGAAAGAGUUUUACCUGUUUAGGGAAUCUAAAUCGGCAUGAGAAGAUACACUCAGGAGAAAAGCCUUUCCAAUGUUCCCAGUGUGGAAAGAGUUUCGCCUGGUUAAGGAGCCUGAAGAAGCAUGAGAAGAUACACGCAGGGGAAAAGCCUUUCCAAUACCAAGGGACCAGCCAACCUUUUGAUACAGGAUGCAGUGGAGAGAGACCAGACUCUCACUCUGACAGCAGGAAGAGUCCUUCAGGGGAACCAGACCCAGUGACACCCAAACCAGCGAGACCACACCACUGCUCCUACUGUGGAAAAAGUUUUACCCGAUUACUACACCUGAAAUCACAUGAGAGAAUACAUACAGGAGAAAAGCCCAACCACUGUUCCCAGUGUGAAAAGAGUUUUAGGUGGUUAACGACUCUGAAACUCCAUGAGAGGACACACACACAUGAAAAGCUCUACCGCUGCUCCCUGUGUGGAAUGAGUUUUACCAAGUUAGGGGCCCUGAAUGUGCAUGACAGGACACACAUAGGAGGGGAUAAGCCCUACCGCUGCUCCCUGUGUGGACAGAGAUUUAACCGGUUAAGGCAUCUGAAUAAGCAUGAAAGAAUACAUACACAGGAGGAGAAGACAUACCACUGCUCUCAGUGUGGAAAGACAUUUUCCCAGUCAGAGGACCUGAAAACACAUGAGAGAAUAGAGAGGCUGUGUUCUGACUUGUGUUU